GCUCGGCCGGUGAGCGGGGUUCCCUUCGCGCGUCCUGCGGCCACGAGAGUUAAAGGCCACCCCCGCGGGGCCCUGAUCCCCGGCGUGCCCGUGUCCUCCGCCCCCUCGCCGCGUACCCCUCAUCAUGACCGGCUCCGCCGCCGACACUCACCGCUGCCCCCACCCCAAAAGCACCAAAGGCACACGGUCCCGGAGCAGCCAUGCACGGCCCGUGAGCCUCGCCACUAGCGGGGGCUCAGAGGAGGAGGACAAAGACGGCGGGGUGCUGUUCCACGUGAACAAGAGCGGGUUCCCGAUCGACAGCCACACCUGGGAGCGGAUGUGGCUGCAUGUGGCCAAGGUCCACCCCAGAGGGGGAGAGAUGGUAGGCUCCAUCCGAAACGCUGCUUUCCUGGCUAAGCCUUCAAUUCCCCAGGUCCCAAACUACAGGUUGUCCAUGACGAUCCCAGACUGGCUCCAGGCCAUCCAGAAUUACAUGAAGACACUACAAUACAACCACACAGGGACCCAGUUCUUUGAAAUCAGGAAAAUGCGACCUCUGAGUGGGUUAAUGGAGACAGCGAAGGAGAUGACCCGAGAAUCCUUGCCUAUCAAAUGCCUGGAGGCAGUCAUCCUGGGCAUAUAUUUAACCAAUGGGCAGCCUUCCAUUGAGCGUUUCCCGAUCAGCUUUAAAACCUAUUUCUCAGGAAACUACUUUCACCAUGUCGUGCUGGGGAUCUACUGCAAUGGUUACUAUGGUUCACUGGGCAUGAGCCGAAGGGCUGAGCUGAUGGACAAGCCGCUGACCUUUCGGACUCUGAGUGACCUUGUCUUUGACUUUGAAGACUCCUACAAGAAAUACCUGCACACAGUCAAGAAGGUCAAGAUUGGGCUGUACGUCCCCCAUGAGCCUCAUAGUUUCCAGCCCAUCGAGUGGAAGCAACUUGUCCUCAAUGUCUCCAAGAUGCUGAGGACCGACAUCAGGAAGGAGCUGGAGAAGUACGCCAGGGACAUGAGGAUGAAGAUCUUGAAACCUGCAAGUGCCCACUCUCCAACACAAGUGAGAAGCCGGGGAAAGUCCCUGUCUCCACGAAGGAGACAAGCAAGUCCUCCAAGGAGGCUGGGCAGGCGAGACAAGUCGCCUGCUCUGACCGAGAAGGUGGCUGACCUCAGCACUCUGAACGAAGUGGGCUAUCAGAUCCGGAUCUAGCCAAGCCAGGCUGGCAAGGCUUCUAUUGGUGCUCUUCUCUGCACUUUACCCAGCAGCUUCAGGAGGAAUUGCAACGUGUGGAGUUAAGAUUUUGAAGGAUUUACCUGGAGAUAGAAUCUGAGUGGGUUUGGAAAAGCUCACUGGGCAGUAGGUAUGACUGGGCUGAAGUGCCGGACAAACCCCUGGGUUGACUGACUCCCUCACUCAGGAUCUCAAGAACAAUGUUGACUGCAGUUUUCUACUUUUCCAUUUGCCGACUGUUCCGCUUGCUUUGGACAUUCUGCCUCAGCUGUAGUAACCGUUUAUGGAGUUACUCCCACUUUUUGGUACAGUAGGCAACUCAGCCAGUAUUACUGUCUUCUCAGCAAUAACAAGCAAAGAUGGGUGGGUUUUUUUUAAGCAGUUGAUAUUACCUCAACAUUUUGGCAUCAGAUAUGCAAUCUUAAUGCGUUUUUUAAUAUUCUAUUUGUAUUGUUUUCCUAUAGGGAUCUUGAUGGUUUGGAGGGUUUUUGUUGUUGUUUUUUUCUUUUCUGGUUCACACAUGAGAUGAGAUUUAAGUUGUUAUAUGCAAAUGCUUUGGAAGCACUGAAAUUCUGGCAAUAAGGGAAAACACUUUAGGAUCUUGGAGUCACUUUUCUUAAAGCAUCUGCUGACAGGUUUUCUUCUGUGAAGCUCUAGUCCAUCCUUUUGCUAACAUUUAAGCCUUUUCUGAGGCAAGCAAAAAGCACAAGAGACCAUGUGCUCCCGAAAACACAGCAGUGCCGAGACUUCCCAGACAGGAGGGCAGACAUCUGCUCAGCCUUGGUUCCUAGUGGCUCCUUGUUGUUAAUGUGUUCUCUGUCUCAGAUGAAGGCAAAUGUGAUGAUGGACUGUUUUUCAGUAGCUUGUCUUUAGGUACCACUUCAUGGCAUUAGGAGACACUGGGGGAAACCAGGACCUCAAGGAGCAAGCCUGUCUUAAAGGAAAAGUUCCAGCCCAGUGCUGUGCCUCAGUAUUACCUAGGCCCCGAAACAGAGUGAGCCUGCCUGUGGCCACUACAGCGCAGCUUCUCCUCGAAGACCACAACGGCGGAAGCACAGCUUCAAGUCUUAGUGCAGUGACGAUGCCAACUCAGGAGAGCAGAGGACCAGCUUCAGCUGAGUGGCCAGCCCCAGGAGCUCAGCAUGCUUCCCUCUGGCUGUGACUGGGAAGCUCUAAGAAGUCAGCUGUCUGCUCACUGAGUCUUCGCCAGGAAAACCUAGGGCCAUAAGGAGGGCAAAAGAGUGUGCAAAAAAACCCUUACUCCACUCUAAAGCCAGCAUUAUUAAUGAAAAGUUGUUUUCUCGGAAAAACUUGGUGUCCUUUAGAGGACAGGACCCGGAAACUAAAAAAGUGUAAGCUUCAAGUUGGGAACUCAAUGGUUUUCUUCAAGAAUCCUGUUAUCAGAGUUCAAGGAGAGUUAUGGGGCCUGGGCAUGUGCUCAGAGGCUCCUCUGGUUUGACACCCAGCACCCAAGGAAGCAUCCUUUCUCCACAUGUCCUCACAUGCUACCCGUUGUCAGCCUCAGGGCUGUGUGCAUUUAAAUGUUCCAAGAAGCAAUCUGGUAAGUGCAGCCACCAGGCCAAGUGCCUGCAGCUGCCUGUGUUCAAGGACAGCUCACAGGAACAGAGUGCCAAACAGUGGGACAACCACAGUUGGCAGCCAGCUGAGAUACUUCGUUUAAUCUCUUCCACAACUACUUUCUGAUUUUUAGGUCCAUUUUUCAAGGCAAGUUUAGUCACAAACAUUUAAAAAGCUCUUUGUCACUCAAGUUUACUGCCUGUAGUUACACUAACUUUCCAAAACAGAAGGAAGACCCCCGAAACACCGACAUUCUAAUGCAAUAGUUUAUUGGAAUAAGAAGGCAGCAAAAAUGAAUGCAAUACGUCUUCCCUCUCAGCCUGGCCUUUCAGCCUGGCUGUGGUGAAGAUGAAUCUAUGAGCUGACAGGAACAGGUUUAUCCUUAUGCCCCAUGGCAAGAUGCACAGAGCUGAACAAGAUCCAAGCUGACUGCUGCUGGUUGUGAAAGGUGGCCUAGGUGUUUUUUACACACAUGGGGACUGUGAGCACACCCCUGUCCUUGAGUCAGCUGUUUCAUAGGGUGUCCUCAGCAGACAUGGAUAAACAAAGGGAAGCCUUUGCAGCCCUUCAGCUCACUAGACAAGGCUUUCAUACGCUAGACUUUUAUGUGCAACCUUGUACAGUUUUUUUGACAUACACUUCAGAUUCUUGUUUAUUCUCUUAAGACUUUGAUCUGGCCAAUACAUUUUUAAAAAAUAUUUCAGAAGAGCCGUGAUUGUUUUAGUGAGUAUUUUUCUAAGAACAUGAAGACUUGAUGGUAUUCUACAGAACACCACAAGUGCAUGCUUCAGGCUCGAAUCUCUCUUAUCACGUGUCCACACACAGCAUGGAACUGUAAUAAAACCAUUCUGGAAACUGAAGGACUUUAUAUGUUUUGUUGCUGUUUUGUCUAUUGAACAUAUUGACCAUUUUCUUUCCUCUUCCAGACUUUGUUAAAUAUUACUUCAUUUUUGUUCACAUCAAUCACUUGUCUCUUAGCCUCAUCCUAACUGAUAAUGGUGGAAAAGGUAAUCAAAGAGUUGAGGAAGGUGACAGGUCAGUGUCUACAGCUCAGCACACUUACCACAAAGCCCAAUAAAUAU